AUUUUGUAGGCCGGAACCUCUUGUACUGGGUGCCGGAGAGCACGCACCGGGAAGGAUUUGGACGUUACACCGCCGCGCACCUUGUCCUUCAGCCCGGCAUUCGGAGAAGAAAGCUUGUAUCUUAGGCCCCGCUGGGGUACUGGUGAUUUCUCUUGUGGUUCGGGGUCUGAGGCUAGGCCUCAAGUGGAAACGGCGUCACCAUGAUGGCCGGACGGCCGGGCCGAGUGCCCUUACAGUUCGUACCAGAUGAGGCCCGGAAUCUCCCUCCGCCCAAGCUGACCGACUCGCGGCUUCUCUACUGCGGCUUCCUGGGCUACUGCUCGGGCUUACUUGAUAACGCGUUACGGCGGAGGCCGCCGCUGACUGCGGGUGUGCAUCGCCAGCUUCUGUAUGUUACUUCCUUUAUGUUUGUUGGAUAUUAUCUUCUAAAACGUCAGGAUUAUAUCAGUGCCAUAAGGGAUCAUGACAUGUUUGCGUAUAUUAAAUCACAUCCAGAGGAUUUUCACAAAAAAGUUCUGGAGGCAAGGAAAUCCAAAAUCAAGGUGCCAACAGUUUCAGUGUCUGAUGGCUUAUUCUGCUUCAUAGAUGGCACCUUCAUCUUGCUGUCUUCUUACCUGAGGAGAAAACUUAUGGUGAUAUUCUGGAAGAAUUUCAUCCAGUUCGUUGAAGUCUUCAAAACACUUCCAUUUUACUGAGACCUGUUAUUUCUGAAUUGUAUGGAACAUGUUUCCAUGACUGAAGUUGAUGUUAAUCUCUGUGCUACAAUUAAAAUGAUUAUUAUAAGUA